UGUAAAAAAAUCAAGCAGUGAAAAUUUCGUCGGUCACGGAAAAAAUGUGUUUAUUUGCAUGGACAAGCAUGAAACUGCCCCGAAACGCAGUGCAAUAAUAAGUUCCGAUCGUUGUGACCAGUUUCUACAUGUUUUUCGGUAGAAACAAUCAAAGAUAUUGGCAUAUAAGUGUGUUUUAGUUGAAUCCACUGACAGUGAUUUUCCUCCCCCCAUUAGCACUGUGUGUCACUUCUUGCUGCUGCUCUUGGUUUUCUUUUUGGUGCUGAUGUUUAUUUGACGAUAGCCCCUCCUUUGGUUCAUGUGGGAGGAUGAACGGUUGGAAUCAAAACAAAAACCGUUUCAUGCGAUCACCGGUGAUGCACAAAUUCGGAUGGUACUUGCUGGUUUAGCUAGUAAUUGCAAGUUCUGAGUUCUGUUGCAAGCGUUUUGAAAUAAGCGUGUUUGAUUGGUUUCGAUCCAAGAUAAGGAAGCGAUAGACUGUUGUUUUGAUUGUUGCUGUUGCAGAGACAGGAGGCAAAAUGUUUGGACGAACAGAAACCAAGAAAGACAGCUUUUUGGAACAAACCAAAGCUGCUCGGGAAGAACGAGCCAAUGAACGGGCCAUCGAAGAGAGGAAAGACAAAUCGAUUGUUUUACUGCAAAAAAAUAUCCGUGGGUGGUUGGCUAGAACCAAGUUUCGGCGGUUGAUUUUAAACGAAUUUGACAUGCUGUUGCCUCCGUGUACGAACCCUGCCAAAGACAUCGAGUUGAAACCUUGCAUGCAGAUAUAUCAAGUGGCAUCACAUUUCUUGCUACAAUGGAAGCAGCAUUCGGUUGCGGAAAGCGAAAAUUUACAACGCUUAGAACGUCUUUGCCGUUAUCUGAUAGCCAGUCUGGAGUCGGACUCUCCCAAAACUAGCUACGUCGGUGUGGCACUAAACAAAGAGUACAGUCUUGCGUGGAUACGGCAUAUUAAAAAGUUGUUGUAUCGUUGCUGUCUGGCAGUCGAGCAACUGCGGCCGGAAGGUCACUGCGACAGUAUAUCUUUGGCCUUAUAUCUGCACACGUUGGUUGCGUUUACCUCCAUCAACAGCUGGGUCCUGCUAAGGAACAAAUCGUUGGCGGGUCUUAAGCCUGGCAUGCUGCAACUGUGCAGUAACAUCAUGGGAGAUUUGGUUCAGAAAGGUUUCUACCUUAACCUGAGAAAUAUUCUAGUGAGAGGCACCUGCAGGACAGUGAUCACGCUGAAACCCAUUUCCCUGACGGCCAUCAUGACGCUAGCCAUUAGACCACUGAUUUCGAGCAGUUUUAGCGAAAAUCUUAUGUCUCAGUUUCUAGUGCAAGUUUUAUCUGUACCGGGAAUUAUCUUUCAACUGGAACAGUUUACCCAAGAGUGUCUUACAAAUCUGCAAUCACACCAUAUCCUGGAACGAUCACUGGACCUUCUCAGUACCGAUGCUUCAAUGAAGUAUGUGUUAAAUUCAUUACAGAACAGUCUGCUACUGUCACUCCUCUCAAACAUUGUUCAUCUGUACUACCUGGAACCGCCAGAGAAUGCAUGCAAACUUGCCUACCCUACAUUCACCUUCGUUGCGACUCGAUUGCUGAAUGGCAUCCUUACUGGCGUUGGGCAAUCCGGUGGCACUUGCUCCCAGUGGCACGAAUUGUUAGGAUGGUUCAGUCCCGGAAAAGAACGUCUGCAGAACGAGAAUCUUCCGCUUAUCAAAAAACAAAUACACCUUCUGUGGAACCAUCGUCUGGUGAAAUUGUUACUUGGGGACAACCUGAAAGAGCUAGCCGUGGGCUAUGAAAUCAUCGAGUAUACGAUACCGAGUGGGAAUAGCACCGGAAAUCUGUUGAAGCGGGCUCUGACGUUCGAGCGAAGUUCAAUCAAGGGACCGAGUGAAAAGAAAACAAGUAAAAAUUAUCGGAAAAUUGGUUGCGCUGAAGUCUCCCGGGUUGCGUUGACCUGUGCGGUGUAUCAGGCGGCACUCAGCGCCUUAUCACAACUGAGGCUGGAUAUUUUAUCCGGACUAUGCUACAACGACACCGUUCUGCACGAUCUAUGGCUACUGUUGGGAUCGCUGGGUCCUACGUGUGGUAUGAAAGGUUUCAUCGAACUACUGCAAGUCAAUCAAGUUAGCUACGAACUAUUGCUGUUGUCACUGUUUUGCGACUGCAUGACCCAUUAUGUCACAAUUCUAGAUGACCUGGAAAUGUACGAACAGCAGAAUCCGUUCACGCUUAACGACUACAUCGCUCUGUCGCACUUCCUCAAUACAUUCCUCUACCGUACAAUUCAGGAUCAGAUUUUCGACAUCAAAACCGUCACCAGUGCGCCGUUGUUUGUUUCGAUCCACACGUUACUGCUCUGUCUCUAUCGCCGUGACUGUCGCCGGCCGUUCGCCCCCCAAAAUCACUGGCUCAUCCGGGAUAUUCGACCGUCUCACUUCCUAACGGAUCUGGAAAAGGGCAAGAAACACACCCAGAUUUUACUGCAGAAGAUGCCACACAUAAUACCGCACGAGGACCGUGUGCAGUUGUUUAGGAAAUUCGUACAGAACGAAAAGGCAGUGCUGGGUUUAACCGAAUCGGCAUGUGCGUCCCCGAGUUCGGCCUUGGUGACCGUCCAUCGGGACAGGAUCGUCGAGGACGGCUACCGGCAGCUGGCUGCUUUGCCUCCUCACGCUCUGAAAGGCGUUAUCCGAGUUAGGUUCGUCAAUCAGCAAGGGCUGGACGAGGCCGGUAUAGAUCAGGAUGGAGUUUUUAAAGAAUUCCUAGAGGAAACGAUCAAACGAGUUUUUGACCCUUCACUGAAUUUGUUCAAAACCACUACAGAACAACGAUUGUAUCCCUCGCCGACGUCUCACAUGCAGGAAAAUCAUUUGCAGCUAUUCGAAUUUGUCGGGCGAAUGUUGGGGAAGGCCGUGUACGAGGGUAUUGUGGUGGAUGUUCCGUUCGCUUCCUUCUUUCUGUCGCAGGUCCUGGGCCAGACGCAGCAAGCCCUCUAUAGCUGCAUGGACGAGCUACCUUCGCUCGAUAAAGAGCUGUACCGCAGCUUAACAUUUAUCAAACACUACCAGGGCGAUGUGGCCGAUUUGGAUCUGACAUUCAGUGUCGACGAAGAUAUGAUGGGGAAAAUUGUGACGCACGAGUUGUAUCCCGGUGGGAAGGCACGGGGAGUGAACAACGACAACAAGAUCAAUUAUAUCCACUAUAUGGCGUACUUCCGAAUGCAUACGCAGAUUCGUGAUCAAACGGCCGCUUUUAUACGCGGUUUUCGCUGCAUUGUGAAUCCCGACUGGUUAGCGUUGUUUUCUACUCCUGAGUUACAACGGCUGAUAUCCGGGGACACGGCCCCUUUGGAUUUGAAAGAUCUACGAAAGCAUACCCAAUACUACGGAGGUUUCCACGAUGGUCACCGCGUAGUCGGUUGGUUAUGGGAUAUUCUUGCCAAAGAUUUCACUGAAGACGAGAAAAAACUGUUUCUCAAGUUCGUCACAAGCUGCUCGAAGCCACCAUUACUGGGGUUCGCACAUUUGGAGCCUCCCUUUUCAAUACGCUGCGUUGAAGUCGGUGACGACGAAGACAUUGGCGAUACGGUUGGAUCGGUGAUUCGUGGAUUCUUCACCAUUCGCAAAAAGGAUCCUCUAAAUCGGCUGCCAACCUCCUCCACUUGUUUCAACCUACUGAAAUUACCUAACUAUCAGAAGAAGAGCAUGCUGCGGGACAAGUUACGUUACGCUAUUUCCAGUAACACUGGUUUCGAGUUAUCCUGAACUGUAACCGGGCCGAAGUGCAAUGAUACUGUAUCCGUACUUGUAUAUCCUGUGUUGGUAUCCCACGAUGGGACAGAUGUUAUUUAUCAUAUUUUCUACUGGAACGGGUAACGUUUACCGAUACUGAAGGCGGCGCCAAUUCAGUGAGAUAUAUUCUAUCACACAAAUUCAUAUACAUAUUUUUACUGCGCGCUUUACGGUAUCCGUGCAGAAGAGGAAACCAUAUUUAGAGAACUAUAUAUGAGAAAAUAUGAUGUAUUAACUGUGAUAGCAAGAGUUAAUUUAAGCCACACAAAAGUCAAAGAUUUGUUUCCGAAAUUUUUGUUUAAUAUUCAUAGCAGCUUCCAAACCUAUUUGGACCUUUUCUUAUGUAUAGAAAUGUAACCGGCUAGCUUGUGAUCCUGUGAAACAACCAGUGUAACCCAACCCGUAGCAUACAAUCUAACCACAUCAGCAAGCAUGUUUCGUUUCUUAUGCUCUUGACUUGACGUGACCCCAGUGGUCCCACACAUUCUAUAAGUGUAAUCAUCGAUGUUUAAGUGUAGAGCUAUGAUACGGCUGAAUCAGCUUUGCCAAAAUGCGUACUCUAGUUUUAACUAGCAAGAUUGACUUGUUUAACUCUGGAUUUGUGUAGCGAACAAUACAGUGUAAGUGUUACGUAGCAUGGCGUUCGUUGAUAGGCAGUGAAGUUGUUGUAAGGACACAUCACAAAGUUGAUACAAUAUACGAAGAAUAAAACUUAUUCAUAAUA